AUAGGCAUUGGCUUAUUUAUUACUCUAUUAUUGUGCACCCAUACAUACUCUGCAGCACUUCAUCAAGAAGAAUCCCCUGUUUCUAGAAACAAUAACUCAUUUUUUCCUUCUUUGGAUCUUUCUUAACCUUUUUUAUUUUCUUUCCUUUCCUUUCCUCUAUCACCGUCACACACACUCUUUCCAACCUUUUCAUCUUUUUUCUAAUCCAUUCUCCGGGAAAGACCAUCUUCUUUUCAGUUUCAGUCAGACAACACCAUUUCCUCAUAAAACCGACACACCUUUUUGUUCAAAACACUAAACAAACCAACAUGCCCAUUGUUUGUUUUACAAGUUUUAAGGUUUAAGGUUAAAGCGUGAACGCGUUCUUAACCUUUCUUAAAUGUUUGAAACUAAAAUAGCGUGAGAUAGAAACUGAAACUCCUCCUUGAGUUCAUUUUGUUUCUUUUUGUACGAUGAUGUCUGAUAUAGGAUCAAUGCAAUCUAUGUCUAACCUUGAUUGCUUUCUUCACCGUACAACACCUGUUGUACCAUCUAAGUUUCUUCAACAGAACGAGAUUGGAAACCUUAACCGUUUAUGGAAUAGUUGUUGUGAUAAAGAAGCAGUUGAAUAUUUCAGUUUGAGUGACCUGUGGAAUUCCUAUAAUGAGUGGAGUGCCUAUGGAGUUGGAGUUCCAAUUCACUUGAAUGAUGAGGAUACACUUGUGCAAUACUAUGUCCCUUAUCUCUCUGCAAUUCAAAUACUCACUAGCUAUACUUUCAGAGAAGAGAUUGAGUGUGGUGAUAGUGAGACACGAGAUUCGUUGAGUGAUUCUUACAGUGAUGAUAGCGAAUGUGAUAAGCUAUGGAGUUCAUCAGAAGAAGGAGAGAGUAUCUGGAAUUUGGAUGAACGAUUGGGUCAUCUUAAUUUCCAGUAUUUUGAAAAAUCAACUCCUUAUGAAAGAGUUCCUUUAAUGGAUAAGAUUAAUGAGUUAGCAGAAAGGUACUCCGGUUUGAUGUCACUUAAAAGCGUUGAUCUUUCACCAGCAAGUUGGAUGGCAGUUUCUUGGUACCCAAUAUAUCAUAUUCCCGUGAGAAGGACAAUUAAAGAUCUUUCAACAUGUUUUCUCACUUACCAUACACUUUCAUCUUCUUUUCAAGAUAUGGACCGUGAUGAUGAAAAGGAAGGAACACAUGAGAAAAAGAAAAAAGGUGAAGCAAUCUCUUUGGCACCAUUUGGUUUGGCCACGUAUAAGAUGCAAAGGAAUAAUUUGUGGGCCUCUGGAAAAUGUGGUAGGGACCAAGAAAAGGUGGUUUCACUAUGUAGCGUUGCAGAUUCAUGGUUGAAGCAAUUAAAUGUCCACCAUCAUGACUUUAAUUACUUCAUGGGUAUUAGGCAUGGUUAAAGUUAAGGAUUAACAUGCACUAUUGCAUUUAGUUUUUUAGUUUUGAAGUAGGCAUCAAGAAUGUUGACUUUUGUACUUCUUUAAUACUCUCAUAUGCAGUAGAUCGUAGAGGUAGAGAUAUGAGGAGCUCAGAGUAUUUAUUUACCGACACUAUUUACAACUUUAAACUUGGUUUUACUUUUGUACUAUAUUCAUUAUCAUAUUACUUGAGGUUUCAGAGGUCACAA